AUGGGUAAUGCUCAACAAGAGCUGGAACAAAUCAAGGCUCGACAGUCCAAGACGCUUGAUGAAGCGGUCAAGGAGUAUCGACGACGAUAUGGAAUGCCACCACCGCCUCAUUUCGACAAGUGGUUUCAGUUUGCAAAGGACAAUAACGUCAAAUUGAUUGAUGAGUUCGACACGAUAUAUGACCUGAUCACACCUUUCUGGGGAUUAAAGCCCAAAACCAUCCGGUCUCGAGCCAGGGAGGCAUUGGGGUUUGACAACGGGUUGAUCGGAGUAUCUAUUCGAGACCACAGAAUCACCUAUAUCCAGAACGGUGUCGAGUGGCAGCAAAACGCUACAAAAGGAAUGAUGAGCAAAUUUCUCAAGUAUCUCCCGGAUAUGGAUCUUGCAUUUAACUUUCAUGAUGAGUCCCGUGUUAUUCUGUCCCACGAGGACUUGACAAGAUUGGUAAAGACAGCCAAGGAGAAGACCAUGCCUGCAGCGUUUUCGAAAUCACAACUUGCCAAUGAUUUUACUCAAACAAAUGAGCAGCUGCAUGAUGGGAAGUCGUUUGAAGAAACGACUCUGACACGAUUCAAUUCUUUUGCCCACCAAUCAACCUGGGCCCAUUCGCGCUUGUCUUGUCCACCGGAUACACCAGCUCGAUGUCUCGAAGAAGACGAUACUGUCGAUCAUCGAAGCAGGUACGGCAUGAGUGAUCUUGGGUUCGUCUACAACACAACCGCCAUGUCCGAUAUCUGUCUAUCACCCAGCCUCAAGUCCAACUUUGGUUUCUUCGGUGGCCCAAACACAUACCGGAUUGUACAAGAUCUCUUUCCCAUCUUCUCACAAUCCAAGAUCUCGUCCUAUAGCGAUCUCGUAUACCCUUCACCCUGGGACUGGGCUGUAAUGGUGGAACACGAUGAGGAAAUGGAUAUGGAGUGGGUUAAGAAGGAGAGCAAGCUGUACUGGCGGGGUUCAACGACAGGGGGAUAUAGCCGCAAUGGUCGCUGGCGACGUCAACACCGCCAGCGUCUUGUCCAAAAGCUUAAUGCACGGGACCAAGCCCAGAUUCUCACGAGGCAGCAGGGUAAACCGUCUUGGGGAGCCAGCGAGGUUCCUCGGGGUGACUACAGUGACAUGGUCGACGUCCACUUCUCUCACGUCGGCCAAUGUGACCCAGGCGACUGUGAAGCGCAACGAGCAUUUUUUAACGUCACCGAGGCUGUCGACCAGCAAGAUGCGUGGUCCUACAAAUACCUCCUCGACAUGGAUGGCAAUGCAUUCUCAGGUCGUUUCACUGCCUUUCUGCGCAGUCGCAGUCUGACGUUCAAGCUCGCCGUGUUUCGCGAGUGGCACGCUGAAUGGCUCAAGCCAUGGGCUCAUUACGUGCCACUGAGUAUUCAAGGAGACGACUGGCUCGAGACAGUUCGCUUCUUCGAGAACGAGGAGACUGGUCGUCGAGAGGGCGAACGCAUUGCUGCUGCUAGCCGCGAGUGGGCAAAUCAGGCUGUUCGCCAGGUCGACAUGGAGGCAUGGUUUUUCCGCUUAAUGCUAGAAUAUGCUCGAGUGAUAGACGACAAGAGAGAAAUUAUUGGCUACGAUCGUAGCAGCGCAAACAACAAGCUGCCUAAAAAUAGUCUCGUGGAAUGA